GGGACGUGUAUCAACUGAUUCGGCCCACCUCCGCGGCCGUAGCGAAGCCCGCCCGCCGCCAUUGGCCGGGCGUUCCGCAGGGGAGUGGCUUGGGCCCGCUACUUUUUUGUUAUGCUUUUUCGAGUCGUGCGUAGGUGACCGCGGAGCCAAGUUUAUUCUGAACCAGUCGAUUGGAGGCGUCGGUGUGUCACAGUUUAUUGCUUUGUUGUCGAUCGACACGUCACCGCGUGUCGUAUAUUGUGUCAAUAGAAGCCGUUUCGUUCGUGCCGGUUACGUUUCCGUCUCGUGUUUGACAAGGACUUUCCAAGGAAACAGUUCGCUGAUUUAGAAUAAGAUUCACAUAAAUCAUCAUGGGAGUAUCAGAGCCUGGUUCCUCCAGCACUCCUGACCUGCCUCCCAUGGACUCCGAACGUCCUGGGUCUGGCAGCGGGAUCGACGACGAGGAUAUCCCUCGUAGGAAGCAGAGGAGGUACCGGACCACCUUCACCAGCUACCAGCUGGAUGAACUUGAGAAGGCUUUUGGGAGGACGCAUUACCCUGACGUGUUUACCAGUUACCACCUGCCCCUAUCACUUCACUGGAUCCCAGAACUUACCCCAAUGGAACCUAACUCUUCACCAUCACCGCCCAGCAGAGGGCUUGAUGAUGAAGACUUGCCUCAGAGAAAGCAAAGAAGGUGUAGAACAACCUUCUCGACUUGCCAACUCAAUAAGUUGGAGAGAGCUUUCUUGAGGACGCAAUACCCUGAUGUUUUUAUGAGAGAAGAACUCGCCUUGAAAAUUGGUCUCACCGAAGCUAGGAUUCAGGUAAGCAACAUAUAUUACACAGACACGCCCGUAUUCACAAACAUUACUAUGAGGUUUCACAGUGCGCGUGGACGCACAGGGUCA